AUGGUGGUGAUUCUUUUGUUACUGAGGGAUUUAAAAGUUGGAGAAAGAAAGAAAAAUUUAAUGAACAUGUUGGAAAUCAGAGCAACAUUCACAAUAGCAUCAAUUGAUUGCAUAAGAUUUCUUGUGCAUCAAGGAUUAGCAUUUUGUGGUUAUGAUGAAUCAAUAAACUCAUUCAAUCAUGAUAAUUUUCUUGAACGGUUAAGAUUUCUUGCUGACCAUAAUGAGGAUAUCAAUAGAGUUGCACUAGACAAUGCUCCCUCAAAUCUCAAAUUGACAUCGCCUGAUAUUCAGAAAGAUAUUAUCAAAUCUAUUGCUUAUUUAACCACUGAUUCUAUUCUUAGAGAUCUCGAUGAAAGGAAAAAUAUUGUUGAACGCUUUCUAGGCAUUGUACAUGUAAGCGACACUGUUGUCUUAUCACUUAAAACUUCUAUUGAUUCUUUGUUGUGCCAACAUAGAUUAUCUAUAUCUAAUUUGCGGGGGCAAGGAUACGAUGAAGCUAGCAAUAUGAGAGGAGAAUUCAAUGCUGCUGCUGAAAAUCACAUAAGAAUUUCUACUUUUUUUGAUGUGGUUGCACAAUUGAACAAUAUUGUUGGAGCGUCAUGCAAGCGAAGAGAUAUACUUCGUGAGAAACAAUUUGAGAAAGUUAUUAAAGGAAUUUGCAAUGGUGAUAUUUUCACUGGACAAGUUAUUGAUGUCCUUUUAUUUGUUGAAGAGGAGGGAAAAGAUCACAAGCAAAGGGCGCAAACAAAUAAUCUGUUGGAAUUGAUUGGAAAAUAUGAAUUUAUAUUUCAGAUGCACUUAAUGAAGAAUAUCUUGGGAGCCACGAAUGAUUUAUCGCAAGCUUUACAAAGAAAAGAUCAAGACAUUGUAAAUAUCAUGAUUAUUGUAAGAUCAAGCAAAUAUCAACUGCAAAGUAUGAGAGAUGAUGGUUGGGAUUUGUUACUGAAUGAAGUUUCUUUAUUUUGUGUUAAGUAUGAGGUAGUCACCCCGCACAUGGAAGACUUGUUUGUCUUUCAUGGAAGAUCACGACGAAAUAUUGAAGGAAAGACAAAUCUUCACUAUUAUCUUGUUGAAACGUUUUAUGAAGUGACAGAUUUGCAACUUUAG